AUAAGUUUCGUAGAAAAAAAAAUGUUUGAAACAAAAAUGUUCGAUUCGGAGUACAACGCGCUGAAACGCGGAGAACAUCAUGUUAUUCUUCAAGAAUAUAAUAACAUUGUUGAAGAACUUAAACGAGAGUUAGAAACGUGCAAAACAGAACAAGCCGACAUUCGUUCUGAGCUACAAACUUUGCAUGUUGAGAAUAAAAAUAGUAGUGAUGCCAUACGUGAUUAUAUUUCACAUGCUCAUUCAGAGCAAUGUGGUAAUGAAGAUGUACAUAAUAAAAUAGUCAUGAAUUUGAAAGAGCACAUUGCAGUCCUACAAAUGGAGAAGGAUUAUGCGAUCCAUUUGUGGCAGAUGUCAAUGAAAGCUGUAGAUACUUUAGAGCAAGAAUUAAAAACUCAUCCAGUAGACAACAGCGAUGUCAAGUUUUACGAGGAGCAAUUGAAAGACAUCAGACAAUCAUAUUCAGAAGCUAUAAAAGCUUUAGAGAGUAAAUUACUUCAGACUAAGGAAAAUUUUACAAAGCAGCAAUCAAUGUGGAUGUCGAGUAAGGAGACAAUAGAAGCUCUAAAGCGAGAAAAACAGGAAACAGCAACAAGACUUCAGGAGCUUCAACAAGACUCUCAAAAGAAAGACAGGAAUAGUCAACAGAAGAUACAAUCGUUAAUGGAAGAAUUAUCUGCUGCAAAAGCAGAGGUACAAGUAAUAAAUCAUUUAAAAUCAGAUUUAGAGAGGAGACUGAACGAGAGUAGAGCGAAAAACGAAGAAACAAAGUACAAGAUGGCCGAAGCCCUUGAUCUAGUAGAAUCUGCUGUAAAAGAAAAGAAUUUUGUACUUCAAAGAGAGGCUCAAAUAGCAGAACAAAACGCCAGGUUGGAAACUCGAUUGACCUCCAUUACCGAAGAGCACGCCGUUAAGAUGCGAGAGGAAAUUGCUAGAUUAAAAGAUGUUCAUGAGCAUAAUGUGAAGAAAUACUUGUCAGAGAUCAAAGAGCUGAAAUCAGAAUUGCGAGAAAAGGUGACACAAUUGGAUCGAUCGCAAAGAGAGAGUAGAUUGGCAGAGGAGGAACUGGAGAAGAUGCGUCGAGAUUCCGAGGAUUUAUUAGAAAAAUCUGCCGCGAAGAUUCUGACCUUCGAACAAGCAUUGAAACAGACGGACUCCAAGUUGGAGGCUUGUAACGAAAUAUGCAAGAGACAAUAUAAUUUAGAGAUGCAGCAGCUGCGAGAAAAGAUUGUUAAUUUGGAAGAAAAGUUAGUAAUUUCAAAUGAAAGACUGAAGCAACUUCAACAACAGAACUCCGUGGAUAUACGAGAUCGCAUCAAGUUGGCCGAUGAAAGGACGAAGGACGCGAUCGAUCACUAUGUUAAUUUAGAGGGCCAAUUAAUUAAAGCUACAGAUGAUAAGGAAUCCUUGGCAAUAGAAUUGAAAUCGCUACAGUCAGCUUUCGAUCGCGAGAUACAUAAGAGAGAUUAUGAACGAUGUUCGUUGGAAACUAAGAUCCAUGAAUUAGAAGCGAAUCUUUUAAAAGAGAAUUAUGUAACAGAGGGUAAAUCGGACAUUAAUAUUUCUCCAAUGCAACAUAGAGUCUCCUCGCAACAUAGAGCGGAUACAAGCAAACAUACUUUGGAUAUACGAUUUGAAAAUAUGGACUCCAAUUGGCAAUCUUUAUUAACUGAGCAAUUAAAUAAACAACAAGAAUAUUUUGAUAAGAAAAUAAGAGAGAUGACACAGCAUGUGACAAUUCAUCAAAAAUUAAGCAGAAAAUGGAGAGAUGAAGCAAAAUCUUUGACAGCACAAUUUCAAAUAAAGUCUAAGGAAUUACGUGGGAAAAUUAGUUCAUUACGGAAGGAGAAUGCUGAAUUACAAAAAGCACUUUGCAAACAACAAUUUACUCAACUUAAAACAGAUACUAUUCAACCUAGUUAUAUACAAGGAUCCGAGACCAGGUGACAAUGUCCUAUACUUAUAAGUAUAGAUCGAUUGCAAC